AUGGAAAACGGGAACAAUAGUAUCAUAUCGCGGGAGAAGCUUGACCAGGUGGCGAGCUGGGUGAGCGCCACGGUCUCCACCGCCUUCUUUUCCUCCCUCGAGCGCUUCUCUUGCGUCAACCUCGCCACCACCGACUUCGACGACGAGGACGAGGACGAGGCCGCAGACCGCCCUUUCACCCUCACCAAUCACAGCGACCCUCCAAACGACGUUGCUGAGCUCCCCGUCUGA